UGUAAAAAAACAAUAAAUAAUGUAGAAAAAUCAUUUGAUGUAGAUUCUAGUUUUUAUCCGACUUAUCAUUAUCUGAACAAGAAUAAAACGAUAAAAAAUGACAUGAACGGAAUCAAUUUCAAUAAUCAGAUGAAUAAUACAAAAUGGAAUAAGAACUGGAAUAAUAAUAGAUUAAAAUAUUUUAAUGAUUUUGAUUGUAGAUUAAUAAUGGAUAAAAGAAGGCCAUCAUUUUUUAGGAGUACAGGUGGUGGGGGGUCAAAAUGUGGAAAAAAGAAAAAGGCAAUUAGUGAGCGUUGUGUUUAUGAUAGUAAAAUACCAUUCGAUUUUCUAUUAACCAAAAAAGACAAAAAAUCAAAAAAAAUAAGAUGUCAAAGAAGUGAUAUAUGUUGUGAAAAUUGGAAAGAUUCUGAUGUUAUUCCGAAAUGUUAUGUAGAAAAAAAAUGCAAUACAGAUGCAUGCGCCAAAUGUGAUAGACGUAAAAAAGGCAAAAAAUUGAAAAAAGAAUACUAUGCUGAUUGUCAAAAAGUAUAUGAUAAAAGCUUAGUUCCAUCAGAUUGUCAAACUGCUUGGGAAGAAAGUCAAAGAAUAUGUGAUGGGAAAAUAUACGAUGAUCUUAAUAUUACAUAUACCAUGCAAACAGAUGUGGAACCAAACUUAUCGGAACAAAACGAAUCUAGUAAUGAUUCAUGCGAUAUAUGUUUGAAUAAUAAGGCCGCCGAAUCGUAUAAAAUAAAAAAAGGAAGCAAUCAAGGAAACAUAAAAUUGUGCUCUGAAUGUUCUACAAAGGUUGAUAAGAAUGUCAAAGAAUGUUCAAUUCGAUCAGCGGCAGGAGGUGGCUGUUGCAAACAGGAAGAUAUAAAUUGUGAGGAGGGUAAAUGUGUGAAAGAUUGCAAAAAAUAUAAAACGCCAAAACCAUAUAAACCUUCUGGCUCUAAACCAUGCUGUCCUAAUUGUACAAGAAAAACUGAGCCAGAAGAAGAGGAAAACGUAGAGGAAAAUCCAUGCCAAAAAAAGAAAUCUAGCAGCUAUUGUUGCAAUUAUUCUAAAAAUAAAAAAAAACGUUGUGGUAAGGGUAAGACCAUUGAAGUUUGCGAUCAUGAAAACUGUCCAAAGAAAACAUCAAAAUCAAAAGAAUGUCCUGAAGACUCCGAAUCCAAACCAAAGACACUCUGUGAGUGCCCAAAAGGUUGUAAGUGCUUAUGUUCAAAAUACUCAUUUUUCCCUGGACAGUCAUGCCCUAAACCAGUAGAAACACCCAGCGAAAAACCAGUAGUUACUAUUCAAAAAUCAGAUUGUGAAGAUCCACAAGUGAAUGAAAUGAUUGAAGAAUUAAAAUCUGAAAUGGGAUCUUUAUUGAAAAAAUUAGAGGUGCUUGGUAAAUCUCAAUGUAAAUGUGCCUUGAAACGAGAUGAAGUUGUACUUUUUGCAACGCAAGUUAUCAACAACCCAUUUGAUAAUAGCAAUAAACUUAAUCGUUACAUUGAAAUCAAUAAUGAUUCUUCAAUCGUUAGGAGCAAUCAUGAUGCCAUUAAUAAAAGUGAUAUUUUAAUUAAUACUUUGGAACAAAACACAAAUACUACAUUCAUAAUGCCACCUAAUAACAAACAAAUGAAUGAUGGUGGAUCCAUGAGUGUUUCAGAAUUUCCAUCAAAGUCUAGCGUUCAUCAAAAUGAGAAAAGAGAAUCUCCUACAGAACUACAAAGAGACGAGUCUACUGUGAUUAUUGAGAAGUUAACUAAACAUGAGGAUUUGUGCGAAUCGCAUACAGAAGUAUUGGAUAAAUUAGAAAACAAAAAAGAUGCAGUUGAUUUAUUAAACAAGGAAAUGGUUAAGAAAAACUUCAUUGAGAAAGAAAGUUGUAGCAUAAAACAACAAAACACAAAUAAAAUCGAAAACAAUAUCGAAAUAAUAUCUGCAAAAGUAGUAAAAGAUUCAAAUAACAAGAAACAAAAGUUAUUAUUGCAUCUUCAUAUGAAAAAGAGGAGAAAAAUGGCCAACGAGAAUUUGUGAUUUGUGUGCCAGUUUUCUACGACAAGUUGGUAUUGUUCAAUGCAAGUAUGGAAAGACUAGAACUACAUGAAUUACAAUCAAAAAUAAAUUAAUAAUUAAAAAAAUGAAAUAUAACGAAACACAUGUUCACGAUAACAAGUGGGAAGCAAAAAUGUUAAUGAUGU